AUGUACAUUAUGCGUUUCCAAACGAAGAAGAGUGCCCUUUACGAAAGAACAGAUGUGAGAUGAUCUUGCAGUUAUUUGAGGAAUACGUCAAUGUUUUCUAGAGCUACAUCGUUUUUCAGGUCCAUUUCACCAUCGUCAAGAAAACUCAAGUUUUCUUUUGCACACUUACCAUCGUAUUUCCAAGUAAAUUUUAGGUCAGCCUCUGCCAUGGCCAGUCAGCAUGCCCUGGAGGUGUUUGAGCACAAGGACAUCAUUCGUUCUGCUGGUGACAAGCGUGUGUACCGAGCCAUGACAAUGAAGAAUGGAAUUAAAGUAGUUCUGGUCAGUGACCCAGAUACAGACAAAUCCUCCGCAGCCCUGGACGUCGGUGUUGGUUUUAUGAAAGACCCAGAAAAUCUACCAGGGCUGGCUCACUUCUGUGAACACAUGUUGUUUCUCGGGACCAAAAAGUAUGAAGAAGAAAAUGCAUACAACAAGUUUCUUAGUGAACAUGGGGGGAUGUCCAAUGCUUAUACAUCGUCAGAAAACACAAACUAUUUCUUCGAUGUGAGACCAGAGAACUUAUCAGGGGCAUUAGACAGAUUCGCUCAGUUUUUCUUGUGUCCCCUGUUCACACCUUCUGCCACAGACAGAGAAGUGAACGCAGUAAACUCAGAAAAUGAUAAAAAUUUACAGCAGGAUCCAUGGCGAUUCAACAUGUUAGACAGGUCGCUAGGCGAUCCGAGCCACGACUUCACGAAAUACGGGACAGGUAACAAGGACACCCUGGAUACCAUUCCUAAAUCUCUUGGACUAAACACAAGAGAUGAGCUGCUCAAGUUCCAUUCCAAGUAUUACUCCUCCAAUAUCAUGUCAUUGGCCGUGUUGGGUAAAGAGUCUUUGGAUGAUUUGUCAGAAAUGGUAGCUCCGUUGUUCCAUCCCGUGGAGAACAAAUCCGUGGAAGUCCCUCAUUGGUCAGAGGGUCCCUACGGCCCAGAGCAUGUCAAGAAAAUAUUUUAUGGCGUGCCUGUGAAGGACCUGAGAAACUUAUCUGUAUCGUGGACCAUUCCUGAUCUCUCCGACUACUACGCUUCAAAUCCAGGACACAUACUGGGCCAUUUGAUUGGACAUGAAGGAAAGGGCAGCUUGUUGUCAGAGCUUAAACAAAAAGGGUGGGUCAACUCCCUGUGUGGCGGCCAGACAGAUGGAGCCAAUGGUUUUAUGUUCUUCAGAAUUGAUUUCGAUUUAUCGGAAGAAGGAUUAGAACAUGUAGACGACAUUUUGCUGAACAUGUUCCAGUACAUCGAGAUGCUGAGGAAGACGGGGCCCCAGGAGUGGGUGUUCAAGGAGUGUCAGCAGCUCUCAGAUAUGAUCUUUAAGUUCAAGGACAAAGAAAUGCCCAUUAAUUACACAUCCUUCUUAGCACGAAGAAUGCAGAAAUACCCCCUUCCUGAAAUUUUGUCUGGUUCUUACCUGUUGACAGAAUAUAGGCCAGACUUGAUCACCAUGGUACUAGAUAAACUGGUACCCGAAACCAUGAGAAUUGGAGUGAUAUCUAAGAAGUAUGCUGACAUUGUAGAUCAGAAAGAGAAAUGGUACGGCACUGACUAUAAAGUAGAGGAUAUAGCAGAUGAAAAAAUCCAGAAAUGGAAGAAUUGUGGAUUAAGUGAAAAUCUCCAUCUACCACCAAGAAAUGAGUUUAUUCCAACCAAUUUUGAACUUGUGCCAAGAGAAAAGGAUUGUUCUCCUCUGCCAGAAAUGAUUAAAGAAACCGGUCUGACGAGGUUGUGGUUCAAACAGGAUGAUAAAUUCCUACUGCCAAAGGCUUGUCUGAGCUUUGAGAUUUCUAGUCCAGUUGCUUACACAGAUCCUACAAACUGCAAUAUGACUUCACUGUUCACCGAACUCUUUAAGGACGCGCUGAACGAGUACUCGUACGAUGCAGAAUUAGCAGGACUAAGUUACGACCUGAUGAGCACGAUUUGUGGCAUGGUGCUACAAAUGAAAGGUUACCAUGAGAAGCAGCCUGUUCUAUUGAGGAAGAUCCUGGAAAAACUCACUGAAUUCAAAGUGGACCCCAAGAGAUUUGAAAUUCAUAAAGAAAUGUACAUGAGAGGUCUUCGUAAUUUCCAUGCUGAGGAGCCCUACCAACACUCAGUGUACUACACCAAUAACCUGAUGUCAGAAGUCCAGUGGACGAAGACAGAGUUACUAGAAGCAGCUGCAGAUAUCACAGCAGAGAAACUGCAGGCCUUCAUCCCUGAACUGCUGUCCAAACUAUUCAUAGAAGCCUUAGUAUACGGCAAUGUUACUAAACAGCAAGCCAAAGAGAUUACUGACAUGAUGGAAAAUAUUCUGUCUGAGAAAUGUGGAACCAGAGAGUUGUUACCCAGCCAAUACAAGCGCUACAGAGAGGUCCAGAUCCCAGACGGUUGUUACUACAUGUACCAGACUGACAACAAAGUCCACAAGAGUAGCUCUAUAGCCAUCUACUACCAGUGUGGCAUGCAGGACACAUUACCCAACAUGUUGCUGGAGUUACUGGUGCAGAUUGUGGGAGAGCCAUGCUUCAACAUCCUGAGGACCAAAGAACAAUUAGGUUACAUUGUGUUCAGUGGAGUGCGAAGAGCCCGCGGAGUUCAAGGUUUACGAGUUAUAAUUCAGUCCGAUCGUCCUCCACAAUAUGUAGAUGACCGAGUCGAAGCUUUUCUACACCACAUGGAUACCACCAUCCAAGAAAUGGGAGAGGAAGAGUACGAGAAGCAUGUAAACGCUCUGGUCACGAAGAGAAUGGACAAGCCCAAGAAGAUCAACGGGCAGAAUAUGAAGUACUGGUCCGAAAUCCUAUCCAACACGUACAAUUUCGACAGAGAUGACAUCGAGGUCGCGUGUUUGAAGACGAUUAAGAAAGAUGACCUCAUUAAGUUUUUCCAGGAUUACAUAGCCGUUAAUGCACCUCAAAGACACAAGCUCAGCAUUCACAUCUUACCUGCGACAGAGGAACUCAGUGCAGACGUUUCAAAAUCGACUGAGAAUGGUGUAGACCUUCUUCCCGUACCUCCAAAUCUACCACAGCCCUGUGUUGUGGAAGAUGUUGCAGAUUUCAAGAGACACUUGGGGUUGUACCCACUCCCAAAACCUUACAUAGACAUCAGGCGAGCAAAAUCAAAACUCUGAGGAACUGGACGAUUUGUACCAUGUCUUUCUGUGACAUUUAUCUAUUCCAGUCGGAGAACAGUUUUAUUAUAUUAACUACUUUAGGACACUGAGUUGUGAUUCUUGGUUUUGUUGAUGUUGAUGAAGUGAUCAGUAGUUGAUUAGUUUUAAAAUUAGUCAAAAUCAUGUGGAUUUAUUUUUAUUUUUUUUUUACACCUUUGUGUGGUUCAGGUGGUAUUCUUCAUAGCAAUGAAUAGAACACACCCACACACACUCUCAAAUGAUAUGCAUAAAUACGCAUUUGAAAUUUACCAAAAACAAAAUUAAAAAUUCUUGGAUCUAAUUUAGUAUUUUAUAUUUAUACAAAUCAUAUUUAUUCAUUGGCUGAAUUUAAGUAGAUGCAAUUGACUAAACUUGUCAGCUAAUACUGACUGUCAACUGGUAUUGAAUUGAUGCUGUCGAUGGUUUCUGACGUUGUCAAUGGUUACUGAUGCUGUCAGUGGUUUCUGACGUUGUCAAUGGUUACUGAUGCUCUCGAUGGUUUUUGACGCUCGUGAUUGUUACUAAGUGUCAGCUGUUACUGACCGUUGUUGGUUUCUGACACUGUCAAACUGUCGAUGGUUUCUGAUGCUGUCAGUGGUUAUGAACUCUGUCGAUGGUUACUGACUCUGUCGAUGGUACUGACUCUGUCGAUGGUUAUGAACGUUGUUGACUUUUACGGACACUCUCGAUUAUCCCCGACGUUGUUGACUUUUACGGACACUCUCGAUCAUCCCCGACGUUGACUUUUACGGACACUCUCGAUCAUCCCCGACGUUGACUUUCACGGACACUCUCGAUUAUCCCCGACGUUGACUUUCACGGACACUCUCGAUUAUCCCCGACGUUGACUUUCACGGACACUCGAGAUUAUCCCCGACGUUGACUUUCACGGACACUCGAGAUUAUCCCCGACGUUGACUUUCACGGACACUCGAUUAUCCCCGACGUUGACUUUUACGGACACUCUCGAUUAUCCCCGACGUUGUUGACCAUUAUUAUGACUGAUACUGGUUAUCUCUGUAUUCGUAUCAAAUAAAAGUGCUGGUAUAUACAAUACAUGUUGAUGAUGAAGUGAUAAAUUAUCAACUCACAAAACGUCUAUUGUUUUAAUGUGCAGGAAACUUUCUCAAUAAAUUAUCAACUCACAAAA